AUGAAUCCUUUCUUUGUUGCUGUCAAGCAAGCUUUGAUCUCCACGGGCCGAGACCCUAGCCCUAACGGCUGUCCCGAGGAGGCUAAAUUAGCAAAGUCAGACCAGUCGCGUUUCCGAAAAGUCAAAACCUCCCGCAAUAAUGUAUCUCGAUAUGAGUCGCUCGACACACCCAACACCCCCAACACCUCGGGGUCAGACCCGCGAGCCUUCAGUGAGCUUCACCCCGAGCUCAAGCCACGGCAAGCCGAGUGGCAAGCCGAUACCCCUACCGCCGACGUUUCAACAUGUGGCUAUCUCAAUGGGAAUGCCAGCCUGCCUCGCACCGCAAAUCCAGGUUUCGACUGUAGGGUGGACAAUAAGAAUGCCAUAUGGGGGUUUUGCUCAACGGCCAUCCUUGCCGUCAGCGACUGUGGACUGGUAGGAGGCUGUGUGGACGCACAUGCUUGCGACGGCGGAUGCGGCAUCUCUGGUGAUCCAAACGCUACGACUGUUGGAUGGUUUGUGAACCUUCUCGUCUCUGCCCUUGCGAUCCUUUUUCCUAGCCUGACCCCCGGCACUGCCACUUCAUCGUCCCCUAUUCCCACAACAUCCACCAUCACUUCGGCUCCAGCCUCAUCGUCAACGCAUUCGAAAGCAACUUCAAGCCCGUCAAACAACACUGGUGCGAUCGUUGGCGGUGUUCUUGGUGGACUUGCUCUUCUCGCGUUCAUCGUCGUGGCUAUGCUGUUCCACAGAAGGCUCAAAACAAGCCCCACCACUGGGGGCCAAAGUUAUGAUCCUGUAUGGCGGGGCAUUGGAGACCAGAGAGGAGCGCCGAAGAGGGUUCCGAGACAAACGCUUCUUCCGGCUGAACUUUCGACCGGCAGGCGCGAUGAGACGACUGAGCUGCCCAAUGACAUGGGAGGGACUAGACGCACAUAG